GCGGUUCUUAAGGCGCGCGGCGGGCGGCCGGAGGAUGAGCCGAUGGAGCGCCGCGUGGAGUCCAGUCGGAGGGUUUUCACCAGGUGAUCCCGACUGGUUCCCUGACCGGAUCACGAAUGGAUCCCGAUUUAUUCACGCGCAGCUGGAAGAGGCCGCUUCACUCUUUAAUAACUGUUUACGUCAUCCUCAUUUAUCAAGCAAAUCUUUCCAGAGGUGUUGAAAGAUCAAACGAUUCAAACUGGGAUCCAUUAAAUAACGGGAGCAGCAGGAUAAAGCAUCAGAAAUGGGACACCGCUUCCCAGGGAGGGCAGAACCUCCAUUCAGCCACUUCUGCUUUAGAAACAAACACUUCAGCCUCCAGGCAAUCACUGGUUAGCGGGACUGUUGCAUCCAACCUGACGUCUGCCAGGAUAGAGAGGACACAAAAUGACUUGUGGAGACGAAGCGUUGACCAAUCAUCUGUACCGUUGAUGAGUCAAUCAUCCUCAAGAUCAACAGCUGGCAGCCAAGAUGUGGAGAGCGAUACAGAAAAUAACCCCCAUCCAUCCCUUCAGUCAGUAACUGAGACUAGACUCCCAACCAGCGGUCAAUUACCGGUCAGCACUACCUCACCUAAUUGGUUACCAACUAAGACUGCAGAUCUAAACCAAUCCCAAACCAAUCUGUCAACCAAUCAACCACCAACAACUAGUCAGUCAAUAAAAAUCACUACACCAUCCAAACAAUCUUUGACUAAGAACGGACCAUCAAACCAAUUCCAGACAAGAUCUGGUCUGCCUACUGCUGUGAUUACACAGUACAACCAGUCAGACAUUAGCCCAGUGCCACACAGUCAGCAAAGGUUGACAACAGCGUCAACAAGCCAAACAACUAACCCAGUCCAAUCCCAAACCAACCCAAUGACCAGCCAGUCCCAAGACAUUGGACAAGCCAGUCAAUUGAAACACACCACAGAGAAUAUCAAUCACUCAUCAAGCAGCACAGUUUCAGCUGGUCUGUCAUCAACAACAACUCGAAUCAGCCCUGUACCACCAUUCAAACAACAGUCAACAGCAACAUCAACCCACCAAGCGACAGAGACAACUAAGUCAGACGAAACCCAAACCGGUCUAGCUUCACGUUUCCAAUCUCAAACAACCAGCCAGUCAACAAUAAGUACUGGACUGACCAGUCAAUCAUCAAGCAUAGCAAUAGAAACUAGUAAGUCAGGUGACACCUCAACCAAGACUGUGAAAAUCAACGUUGUCAACGUUGUGCCUUUAACACAAAACCCAACAACCACAACAUCUAUCAGUCAAUCAUCUACAGAAGCAUCUAGCCAUUCAGAAGUCAGCCCAGUAACAAAAUCCAAACAACAAUCAACAGCAACAUCAACUAGCCAAACAACAGAGACAACUCAAGCCGAUCUAGUUUCCCGUAUCCAAUCUCAAACAACCAGCCAGUCAACAGUAAGCAUGGGGCUGACCAGUCAAUCAUCAAGCAUAUCAUCAGAAACUAAUAAAUCAACAAGCAGCACAGCUACGACUGUGAAAACCAGCGAAUCAGAUGUCAACGUUGGGCCAUUCACCAAAAACCCAUCGACCACAACUUCUACCAGUCAAUCAACUAUAGAACCAUCUAGCCCACUGUCAGCCACCAAAGUGACGUCCAAACCAACAACAAUCACUGUUGCAUCAAUUAGUCAAACAAACCAACUGCCCACUAAAAUGACACCACACAACAAAGGUGGACCACCCACCCAACCACCAGCCACCAAAACAUCAGUCAGUCAAUCUCCCAUCACAACAACCCAAAACAACAAAUCAGCAACUUCCAGAGAACCAGCAAAUCAAUUGUCAACCAACACCGCAUCUGUCAACAAGGGAAUAAGACCUACUGGACAAAUGCCAAGCAUUGCUUCAUCAGAAAACCAGUCCCUAGAUAAACUAACACAAACCACUCAGUCUUCAACCACAUCGGUAAUGUCCAAACCAUCUAGAAGUAUAGCACUAACCAAACCAACAGAUCCCAAACAGUCCCAAUUACAACACAGUACUACUGCACCAGUUCACCCUGCCAGAAAGACAAAACACCCCAUCCAACAAGUAGAGAGUACAACAUCAGCCAGGAAGUUGCCUGAAAAACAAGUACCUGCUAAAGCACCGUCCAGAAAAUCAUUAUCUAAAAAGACAGGGUCAAACCAUUCCCUGAUAAUCACAGCAAAAUCUGGACAAUCACUGGAAGGUACAGACCCCGUUAGCCAAUCAGCAGUCAGUAAAUCACCUCCCAGGCUCUCAUAUCCAGAUGGCAGUACAACAAAAUCAGCCCAACUGUCCUCCAGCCAAACAUCACCGGGCCCCUCAGCUACUUCAUCACGACCAACAAGCCAGUCUGAUCUCACAACAACAUUUUCUAGUCAAUCUCCAGCUACUUCAACUCCAGCUGAUCAAUCAGUGACAAAUUCAGUGGCUUUAGCAGACACAUCUCACAACCGGAUGUCGAAUAAUCAAACCCUGAAUGGACCUUUACUGCUAAACCAACUGGCAACUGGUUCAACAACGGCAGGAAAACUGGUUGCCUUUUCACCAGAUGAUCGGCCGGUUAAUGUCUCGCUGCUCACCAGGCAGGCAAAGGAGACCCUAAAGUCUUCAAAACGUAGAAUACCAGGGGAGCCGUGUGAGUAUCCCUGCCUUAAUGGAGGACAGUGCUAUUUGACGGAGUCAUGUGACUGCAGCUUGUUUCAGGCCACUGGACACAGAUGUCAGACAGUCCCAAAUCUCGGCUUUGAGAGGGAGAUGACCUGCAGGACGUGGGGUCAGUACAACUUUGAGACCUUUGACGGUCUCUACUUCCACUUCCCUGGCCGAUGCACGUACACGCUGCUGCGGGACUGCGAGGAAACCACCCAGGCCAGCAUUGUUGUCCAGGUCCACAAUGACCCAAACUGCGACUCGGCUCCCUACGCCUGUCAGCGGUCCGUUAGCCUCUUCCUGCCCUGGGACGGCGAGAUACGACUCCACGCCACCAGCGUUACCUUCAAAGGUCAAAGUCUGCAGCUUCCUCAUCACAUCCAUGAGCUGCAUCUGGAGCAGAUUUCCCAGUAUGUGCUGGUGACACAGCAGCAGGGCUUCACACUGGCCUGGGAGGGGCGGAGCGGAUCGGUCUACAUUAAACUCAGCCCGGAGUUCGUGGGCCGGACCUGCGGCCUGUGCGGAAACUUCAAUGCAGACAUUCAGGACGACCUGAAGACGAGCUACGGUGUGCUGACUCCAGACGUAGAGAUGUUUGGGAACAGCUGGAUGGAGAUGGAACCCCACCAGGACCCAUGUCCCCAUGUUCCCUCUGCGUUCCCGUCGCCCUGCGCUGGCGCUGAAACUCAAAUCCUCCUGAAAGUGGAGGAAGUGUGUGCGGCGCUGCUGGACCCGCCUUUCCAGAGCUGCCAUGACUUUGUGAGUCCGCUGUCCUACAUGGCCAGCUGCUCCAACGACCUCUGCAUGUCGGGUCCCAGCGGCGAUGUGGUAUGCCAGGUGUUCAGCGAAUACGCUCGAGCCUGCGCCCAUGCUGACCACCCACUGCACAACUGGAGGCAGCGCAUUCCUCAGUGUGUGAAGCAGUGUCCUCUGGGGCUGCAGUACAGGGAAUGCAUCAGCUGCUGCCCAGAGACAUGCAACCUGGAGCGGACAUGCAUAGACAGCAAGCUGGCCUGCUUAGAUGGAUGCUACUGUCCUGAAGGUCUGAUUUAUGAGGAAGGGAGUUGUGUGGCCCCGGCUGACUGUCCCUGUGAAUACCACGGCAUGUUUUAUCCCUCUGGACAAACUCUGCAGGAAGAAUGCAACAACUGCACAUGUGAGGGUGGAGUGUGGAACUGCACCGACCACACAUGCCCAGGGGAAUGCUCGGUUACAGGCGAUAUGUACUUCCAGUCGUUUGACGGGAGGAUSUUCACCUUCCCUGCGACAUGUCAGUACGUCCUCGCCAAAAGUCGCAACUCAGGGAAAUUCGCCGUCACCAUCCAGAACGCCCCCUGCGGAGCCAAUCUAGACGGGGCCUGCAUCCAAUCAGUUAACCUGGUCAUUGACGAGGAUCCAAGGACUGAGAUCACACUGAGUCACGUCGGCGAGGUCUUCAUGGCCGGCCAGUACCGCGUCUCGCUGCCCUAUUCUGACGAUAUCUUCCACAUCCAGGAGCUGUCGUCCAUGUUCCUCCAGGUGAGGACGGCGUUCGGCCUGCAUCUGCAGUACAGCUGGACGGAGUUUCGUCUCUACCUGCAGGCCGACGAGACGUGGAAAGACGACACGGUGGGGCUGUGCGGCACCUUCAAUGGCAACACUCAGGACGACUUCCUAUCUCCCUCAGGAAUGAUCGAGAGCACCCCUCACCUGUUUGGAAAUGCCUGGAAGGUGUCGUCAGCCUGCUCCCUCAGCCUGAGCUCGCCUCCACUCGACCCCUGUGACACCCACCAGCAGGCCGUGACCUACGCCUCGGAGAUGUGUGACAUCCUGAACCAGGACCUGUUCGCCGCCUGUCAUGAGUACCUGAGCCCAACGCCGUUCCACCUGCAGUGCCGCGCAGACACCUGCAGGUGCGGCACGCCCUGCCUCUGCUCCGCCCUGGCUCACUACGCUCGGCACUGCCGCAGGUUCUCCAUCAUCGUCGACUUCCGGGCGCACGUAUCGGACUGUGCUGUCGCCUGUCCUGCCACCAUGCAGUAUGGCACCUGUGUGUCGACCUGCCAGCGCCGCUGCUCCUCCCUGUCCGUCCCGCAGCACUGUGGGGGCGACUGCGAGGAGGGCUGCGUCUGCCCCCAGGGCUCCUUCUACAACCACCGAACACACACCUGUGUGCACAGGUCCGAGUGUCCCUGCAGUUUCCUCGGAGCCGACUACGAACCCGGAGACGUGAUCUUGACAUCAGCAGGUGUUCAACUGUGUCUUAAUGGUAAACUGGUUCCUCAGACUGGAGAAACUGACAGGCUUUGCCCGCCGGGUCAGCUCCAYCUGAACUGCUCAGACGGGGAGAACAGCCAAUCAGCAGGAAGGGGCGUGGCCUGUGAGCACACCUGUGAGUCCUACCURYUGAACAUCACCUGCUCUGCGCAUGAGCCCUGCGUCUCUGGCUGUGCCUGUCCGCCUGGGUUACUGAAACAUGGGGAUGAGUGCUUUGAGCCUGAUGCCUGCCCCUGUUUGUGGAAAGGGAAAGAAUAUUUCCCUGGCGACCGAGUUUCCUCCCCCUGCUACCAGUGCGUUUGCCAACACGGGAUGUUCCAGUGUGUGUUUCGUCCGUGUCCGUCCAUGUGCACGACUUACGGUGAUCGCCACUACAGGACGUUCGACGGACUGCUGUUUGACUACGUCGGGGCCUGCAAGGUCUAUCUUGUUAAGAGCAGCGCUGAUGUGAUGCUGAGCGUUUUGGUGGAGAACGUCGACUGCUUUGACAGUGGAAUCAUCUGCAGGAAAUCCCUUCUGAUCAACAUCCGCGGAUCUUUCAUAUMUUUCGACGACGAUUCUGGAAAACCAAAUCCGUCUAGUGUGAUCGACAGGAAGCAGCAGAUGUUCAUCUGGCCAGCUGGAUAUUUCACAAUAAUUCACUUCCCAGAAGAAGACGUGACGGUGCUGUGGGACCGGAAGACAACGGUUCACGUCCAGGUUGGCCCCCGCUGGCAGGGGAAACUCAGCGGCCUGUGUGGGAACUUUGACCUGAAGACAAUAAACGAAAUGCGGACGCCUGACAACAUCGACUCGCCGACGCCGCAGGAGUUUGGAAACAGCUGGACGGCCAUGGAGUGUGUGAACAGUCCAGACAUCAGACAUCCUUGCAGCCUCAGUCCUCUCAGGGAGCCCUUUGCAAAGCGUCAGUGUGGCGUCCUGCUCAGUGAAGUCUUCCAGACCUGCCACCCGGUGGUGAGGAUUCUGGGUAAAGGUCCGCUCAGGCUCUGGACCUUCUGGGAUCAGACGUCUCUGCUGGCAGCCAGCCGGUCCAGCGGCUUCGUGUUCCUGCAGCGGGUCAACACCAGCGCCGGCGCCGCUCCUGGGAUCCUCUCAGAGUUCAUGAUGACGCCGGGCCUCAGCAGAGCUCGGCCGCACGAUGCAUCGCGGGUUUCCUUUGAAGCCGUCGACMGACCGAACUACUUCCUGCACGCGAGCGCCAGCGGCCAGGUGAGGCUGGCCAAGUGGGAGGGAAGUGAUGCAUUCUGGGACGGAGCCACCUUCGUCCUCCACAGGAACACCUGGAUCUCGGGCUACGACUCGCUGGAGUCGCACGCCAAACCCGGCUUCUUCCUGCACGCCACGCCGCCACGCCUCCACCUGCUCAAGUUCAGACACAGCUACGGUUUCCGCAAGGCGUCGCUGUUCAGACUGRCGGGCCCCAGCCCAGACACCCCUCCGGGUCCUCGCUGCCAGUGGAGGUACGACUCCUGCAUCAGCCCCUGCUUCAGGACCUGCAGCGACCCGUCCGCCGACUCCUGCGUCACCAUCCCACAAGUAGAGGGCUGCCUUCCUGUCUGCCCCCCAAACACGGUCCUGGAUGAAAUCACCCGUCGAUGCGUUSAUGUUGACGACUGUGUUCGGCUCCCAGAUUCAGUGGCGCCUGCGUCGCCGUCCACAGYAGCUGAACGUYAUGAUGUCACCACAUCGUCCACAGCCCCACACACACCCCACGCAGCGAAAAUUCCCACCAGCRCUGCUCCUCGAGCUACUACUGGGAGCAAAUACUCCACCUCAWCCACAGCGCCACCUGCCCCUGAUGAGGCGGCCCGCCCGGAAACCGUAGUUACAUCUGCAACUCCUGAGCCGUCCAGAACUCUGUCUGGGCCAACGGCGCCCUCUGCUGUCAGGCCAGAGGAAGUGGAGGCAGCGUCCACAGUCAGAGUAACUGAAACUCCGUCAUCAGCUGCAACAAGCUGGACGACCAGGCUGAGCUCAUUCAGCCCCACCACGUCCAGAACAACCACUGGUCAUUUUGGCUCCUCCUCCACUAAACCGACCGACUCCCAGUACUCCCCGCUCACCACCAUUACAGCGUCUGCUGGGAGGUCGACCACAAUCRGAACCUCCACGGUUGGUCCUCCACAUAAAGACACAUCAGAAAGCUCGAGUUCAGCAGUUACUCAAACAACUYUGAGUUCAGUUUCUCCCCGAGUCUCAGAAACAUCUCCAGUAAGAGGCAGAACCACUGUCUCCAGUACAGCGACUACCUCUUAUAAAGCUGCACCAGUAGAGGGAAUGACAACAGCACCGUUUGUCCUGCCAGAACUACCAACCACAAGCUCUACAACAGCUUCUCCUGUUCUCACCUCGCCCACUAAAGGAGCAGGAACUGGAUAUUUGUCAACAGCAACGACAGAACCAUUCCAACCAGUUAGCUCUUUCACUACCAGUAAGGCAACACAAACUGGAACCACAGAAAGGACCUCGCACGUCAUUCCAACCGAUCGUACAACUUCUUCCACUGUUUCUGUGUCAUCCACAACAGAAACAGUUAAACCCUCUACAACUCCGUCUGCCUUCACUUCAGCUACUACAAGGUGGCAAACAUCAACCAUAAAGAAAGUCACAGAAUCUCCUGCAUCUGAAAUCUCUACAGUCUCUUCAGCAACAGCUUCACCCAGACCUGCUGAGACGACAGGCAGCACCGCUCCUUCUUGGUACACGUCAGCUGCCUAUUCGGAUAGGACUUCCUGGUCCGCUGCUGCUCCAGUAACGGGGAAAACCACUUCCAGCAAGCUAACUUCAAGACCCCUUGUCAUUCCAGAAACAUCCACAAUGUCCACAGAUGUUCAGUUCACCACAAAACUCUCAACAGGAAUCACUACUUUACAACAAUCUCCAACCACACAGAGCACCACCCAUCCUCCGUACACUGAGCGAACCUCUGAGCCUCUGUAUCCCCCUCACUGGGAGGUCACCUCCACUUCCACUACCACCUACCGGCCGCCAAUGGAGACAACACCUGGGCUGCCCUCUGAAUCUUCUACCAUGUUUGCUAAAUCCCCUGAAGUUCCUCCUCUUCCAGUAACAUCUAGGACAACAUCUACCUCUGCAGCCUCUACCACCACCACAGAAACAUCGGCUCCAGAAAGCGGAGCCACAACCACCAGGAAGCUGAUUACUCCACCUGUCUCCCUCUUCACCUCCACCACUAGAGGACCGAGACCCUCCAGUCUUCACACCACUCUUAAGCCAAUCAUAGAGACUUCAAAACCAGUUACGACCAGAGUGUCAACUACAACCACAAGCAUGUCUUCUCCGUCCUUGUUUUCACUCCACACAACGACCUCUACAACAACUCCAGAGGUAUCUACGAUCCUGGAGAAGGUCACGACCCGACUGGUGUCCUCUUCAAGAGCCACACCCACCGCUGUGAGGACAUCCAUCCUUUCAGCAACACCCAGACUUCCUGCAACAUCUACAGUUACUUCCAGAGCCACAUCGCCCACAGUCAGGCCGACAACCGCAAGGGUCACCGUUGCAACAAGACCUUCAGCUACCACCACCAGAUCAACCGUGGUUGGCUCACCGGCUACUACAUCUCCAACCAUUGCAACAACAGCAAGCAGGRUUGGUCAUGUUGCCACAUCAAUUUCCCGUUUGACCACAACAACAGCUCCAGUGGCUUCACCAUCAUCUACAGCCGCCUUCACCAGAGAGUCGACCACAACCAAAGAAGCUGAAACGACAACAUCUCCGUCCCGACCUGAUGYCUUUGUCUCAACCCAGGAGCCUGCUAUUCCAGUUCCAACUACAACGCAGCAAGAAUCCACCACCGCCUUCCAAAAACUUCCUACAAGUCMAGCAUUGACAACAGCUUCAAGUUCUCCUCGCGCAGCGCCCGCAUCGACGAGUUCUUCAGUUGAGCGAUUAACAUCAAUGUCAGAAACUCCUGUAAGGACGUGCACUCCUCCAUAUGCAGAGAUAGUCGACGAAUGCACAAAGUACAUCUGUGUCAACAACCAGCUGAUCCUGUUCAACAAAUCCCAGAGCUGCCCCUUCACAGCCGAGCCUCCAAACUGCGGCCUGCUUGGCUUUGCUGUUCUGGUCAACGGAGACAAGUGCUGCCCGAAAUGGGAUUGUCCAUGUCGCUGCUCGAUGUUCCCCGAUCUGAAUGUGAUCACUUUUGAUGGGGACAGYWUUGCCAUUUUCAAAGCUGCCUCGUACAUCGUUGCCCAGCUUCCCAACGAGACCCUGAGUGUCCUGAUUCAGGAAUGUCCGGCGGACUCUGACCGACCGCUCCUCUGGAAUUUCACCAACUUGUGUCUGGUUUCACUCAACAUCACUCACAAAUCCAACCAGGUUGUCGUCGACAGACUGCAGAGGAGACUCUUCGUGAACUCGCGCUACGCCAAGCCUCGUUUUAAAAAGUACGGCUUUGAGAUCUACGACACGGGCAACAUGUACCUGAUCCGCAGCCCGGCCGGACUGAAGGUGCAGUGGUACCACAGCACCGGCAUGAUGGUGAUCGACGCCGACGACGCGGGCAGCAAACUCCCCACCAUGGGCCUCUGUGGUUUCUGCGAUGGAGAUCUGACCAACGACCUCACUCUGCCCAACGGCUCGGUUUUGGGCGUUAGCCAGGACCCGGUUCUGUUCAUCGACAGCUGGCAGGUUCCCAACACCACCAGCUACGUCAGCUACAGCCGUCGGCGUGAACAGAACUGCUCCACCAGUGACUGCUCCCGCUGCCUGGCCAUGCUGGAGGACCACGCCUUCACGCCGUGCCACGCGUUCGUGCCGCCCAGCACGUUUUGUGAGGUUUGGGUGAGAGAUUCAGAGUAUGUGAACAACCAUUGUGUGGCUCUGGCUGCCUAUGUGGCAAUCUGCCAUAAAUUCAGUGUCUGCAUCGAGUGGAGGAGGCCGGAUUACUGUCCCUUCGUGUGUCCCGGCGCUCUGAGCUACCAGGCCUGCCUGCCGGCCUGCACGUCUCAGUCCUGUCCCAACCACGACUUUGACUCCGAUCCGGACCACUGCUCUGGCCUGACGGAGGGCUGCGUCUGCCCCGAGGGAACGCUGCUCCACCGGCCGUACUCGGCUCUCUGCAUCAGCCCUGAGAAGUGCGCCUGCACCGACAGCGGCGGCGUCCCUCGGUCGCACGGCGAGGUGUGGAAGGCCUCGCAGGAUGGCUGCUGCAUGUACCGCUGCGACAACGACACCGUCGUUCCCGUGGAGUACGACUGCUCCAGCGCGCCGGCGCCGGUUUGCCACCGAUCCGGGGAGAUGAUCAUCAGCAUGUCUGACGACACGAGCUGCUGCCCUCACAAAGUCUGCGUUUGUAACCAGAGUCUGUGCGAUCGCUUCCCUCCUGAGUGUAAAUACGGGGAAAAGCUGGUGUCGUACUUCAGGCCAGAGUCCUGCUGUCCGGACUACGUCUGUGAGUGCGAUCCUGAGCGCUGUGAGUCUGAGCUGCCCGCCUGCAGAGACGACCAGACGCCGGUCGCCACCAGAGCCGACGGCAGCUGCUGCCUGGCCCACAUCUGCAUGUGCUCUUCCUGUGCGGAGAGGCCUCCUUCCUGCCGGGACGGCGAGGUGCUGAGCGUCGACAGCAACGGCACGGAUCGAUGCUGCCCGUUCUACCAGUGCGUGUGUGAGCCCUACAGGUGUCCCCAGCUGACCUGUCCUGUUGGGAUGUCGGUCGUGUCCGUUUCCAGUCCAGAUCUCUGCUGUCCCAACCAAACAUGCGUCUGCAGCUGUGAAAAGAUCGUCUCUCCUAAAUGUAGCCUGGGAGAAGCUGCACAGCUUGACCGGGCCUUCCUGUCCGACCCACAGAACCAGUGCUCCUGCAAGAGAUACAAGUGUGUGCGCGAGGCCGUGUGUGUGUUCGGCGAGCUCGGACUGCUGCGGCCGGGCCAGACGCUCGUGGAGCACGGAGACGACGGUUUGUGUUACAGUCGCCACUGCAGCCAGGUUCUGGACCCGGCGAGUGGAUUUUACCUGCUGCGCAUUUCCACGGUGAACUGCUCCGCCCACUGCCACCCGAAUCAGAUCUAUGUUCCUCCUAAGGACCAGUCAACCUGCUGCGGCGAAUGUAAAAACAUCUCCUGCAUCUAUCAACAUGAGAACGGGACGGUCGGCCUCUAUAAGCCUGGAAGGUCCUGGGUGUCAAACUGCAAGAAGUUCGACUGCUCCGACACGUCAUUCGGACCGACCCUCAUCUCCUACUCUUACAGCUGCCCCCCCUUCAAUGAGACGGAGUGCAUGAAGAUCGGAGGAACCGUCGUUAGCUACAUGGACGGAUGCUGCAAGACGUGUACUGGAUUUCAUCUGUUCCCCUUCCCAGUUAGCCAAAUGACUCCCACAGCUAACACAAACUGUGAACAAGGUAAAGAAGACGGGAAGUCGUGUCAGAAAGUGACGGUGAGGAUGACAAUCAGGAAGAACGACUGCCGCAGYAACCGACCGGUGAACAUCGUGUCCUGCGACGGGAAGUGUCCCUCCGCCAGCAUCUACAACUACAACAUCAACACCUACGCUCGCUUCUGUAAGUGCUGCAGGGAGACGGGGCUGCAGCGGCGCUCCGUGCAGCUCUACUGCAGCAGCAACGCGACCUGGGUCAGCUACAGCAUCCAGGAGCCCACCGACUGCUCCUGCCAGUGGUCCUAGGCUCAAACACUCACCUUCAGCAGCCCAGGCCUCACCUGCACCAGGUGCGUGAGGCCUAAAGGUGCUCACGGAGAGGACARCUUGGCGGUGGGACUGUGAAUGACACCACUGCAAGGUGCUGGGAGGAUGCGAACGGCGGCUUCUCUGUUCUGUGCUGAUCUCAGUCAGUAUGUGUAGUACCUCUGCUGGCAGGGAGGUGGAGCUGUGGAGCACAGAAGCAGAUGCAACCAGGACCCGCUCUACAAUAGCACUGAUAU